AUGACCACACCAGAUCAUAUUGAUCCUUUUGAUAGGCGCCGUAUCACCCGUAUCUCUAAACUACUAUCCAGUCUACUUCGCCAUAAUGCAGUCAAGGCCAAACUAAAUAUACGUUCAGAUGGUUAUCUAGCAGUAUCUGAACUGUUUUCUUUGGGAUCCUUUAGAGAUGUCACAAUGGAGCAAAUUGAGUACGUUGUGAGAGAUAACGACAAACAACGAUUCCAUCUCAUGUUUGAAGAUGAUCAAUGGUGGAUCCGUGCAAAUCAAGGGCAUUCAAUUGAGGUGAAGGAUAUUGCGCUUGAUCGCAUUAUAGAUCCUCCUCCAGUAGUGAUCCAUGGUACCAAACUAGCUUGUUGGGAUCUCAUCAAGACUACUGGACUUAAAACGAUGGGACGACAACACAUUCAUUUUUCAGCUGGUCUUCCCGGAGAUAAAGAUGUCAAAAGUGGUGUGCGUUGGACAAGCGAAAUAUUCAUCUAUAUUGAUGCUUCAAAAGCAAUGGCAGAUGGAAUUGAGUUCUAUCGGUCGUAUAAUGGUGUAAUUCUUACUCAAGGCAAGGAUAAUAUACUUGCACCAAUUUAUUUUGAGCGUGUUGUGGAUAAACAAGGGUUACUGCUGAAAUAA